UGGGUAUUUACAACGCACCUGCCACGUUUCAGCGGGCGAUGAACAUGACGUUCCAGAACUUCGUCAACAAGACGCGGCUCACUCAGGGGAUGAUUCACUUAUGCGUCAUCGUGUACAUGGACAACAUUCUCGUCUACUCGGAGACCUAUCACGGGCAUGCACAGCACAUCGAGUGGAAACUGGGAGCUCUGAGAGACGCUGGGUUCAAGAUCGCGCUCGAGAAGAGCGAGUUUUUCCUCUCGGAAAUCUCGUUCUUAGGCUACGUGGUGACACGCGGAGGACUGCGGCCAGACUCGAGGAAAGUCGUGGCGGUGAGAGAAGCUCCUGUCCCCACGUCAGUAACGCAGUUGACGUGGACGAGGGAUAUAGAGCACCGCGCCUGGAGCAAAUACCUAGAGCUGCUAAUCAUCCAAGCUUGGAGAACGGAGAUGGAAGGAGACCUUAUCGGAUUUCUAUCCGGAUCGGUGCGGCCCGGCUAUCGACAGCUGAUCGUACAGGAGCUCACGAUUCCUCUCGCGCAGCUGAUCGACGAUCUCCCUCUCGAUAUCGUUUCGCAGUGUGACGAGAGUCCGGUCCCGCACGUCCUUUCACGAGCUCUGACGCCUUACCUACAGUGGUCAGCCUGCCUCGAGGAGCCGGAAAGUGACAACAACCCGCCAUCGCGGCAAGAAUACUUGGACUCGCGGAGGAUAAUCGACCUCGCCUUCUUUCAGCCACGAACGACAUCCGAAGACAAAGCGAUAACGACAGAGGAGGAGGAGGAGGAGGACGAAGAGGGAGGCGACAAGGAAGAAGAAGAGGAAACCCCCGAAGAAGGAAGUUACAGCGAGCACAGAGAGGGAGAGCAGGGCGAAGAGGAAGAAGAAGAGGAUCAGUCGGAGGAAGAGGAGGAAUAUGAGUGGGAGACGUUGGAAGAAGAGACGGAUCGCGCAGAGCCUCACGAGGAGGAUCCCGAGGCGGCGCCAAGGAGAGAAGAGAUCGCAGCAAGGAAGCAGCCGCCGGAGUUCGCAAGUGGAGUGAAUUUGCCGAUCCCAAACGACCCAUCCAAGGAUCCCGAGCCACCCAAGAACGACGAUGGGGACCUUGCUGCCGAGACUUCGAGCGCACCAGUCCGAUGGCGACGAAGCCGAUCCCCCUCCCCCUCCACCUCAGCCCGUCCACCAGUUCGAACUCGUACCGAUGCGGGGCAUCCGGCUUCGUCCCCGGUCCUUAUCCCGUCGUCCCCUUGACCACCUCACCCUCCGCCACAUCACUAGCCGCAUCACCUU